AUGGACACUGGCAACUGGAGCCAGGUAACAGAAUUCAUCAUCCUAGGCUUCCCCCAUCUACAGGGUGUCCAGACUUAUCUCUUUCUCUUGUUACUUCUCAUCUACCUCACUACUAUAAUGGGAAACCUGCUGAUAUUCUUGGUGGUCUGCCUGGAUUCCCGGCUCCAUACACCCAUGUACCACCUUGUCAGCGUUCUUUCUCUCUUAGAGCUUGGCUACACAGCUGCCACCAUCCCCAAGAUGCUGGCAAACCUGCUCAGCGAGAAGAAAACAAUUUCAUUUUCUGGCUGUCUUCUGCAGAUAUAUUUCUUUCACUCCCUUGGAGCUACUGAGUGCUACCUCCUGACAGCCAUGGCUUAUGAUAGGUAUUUAGCCAUUUGCAGGCCCCUCCACUACUCCACCCUAAUGACCUCAACACUGUGUGCCAAAAUUUCUGUUGGCUGUUGGUUGGGAGGUCUGGCUGGGCCAGUGGCUGAAAUUUCCUUGGUCUCUCAACUUCCUUUCUGUGGUCCCAACCACAUUCAACACAUCUUUUGUGAUUUCCCUCCUGUUCUGAGCUUGGCUUGUACUGACACAUCAAUCAAUGUUCUGGUAGAUUUCAUUAUAAAUUCCUGCAAAAUCCUGGCAACCUUCCUGCUAAUCCUCAGCUCCUAUAUGCAAAUCAUCUGUACAGUGCUUAGAAUUCCUUCAGCUGAAGGCAAAAGGAAAGCCUUCUCUACAUGUGCCUCACACCUCACUGUGGUUCUCAUAUUCUAUGGUAGUAUCCUAUUCAUGUACGUGCGGCUGAAGAAGAGCUACUCCCUGGACUAUGAUCGGGCACUAGCAGUGGUCUACUCGGUGCUUACACCCUUCCUCAACCCUUUCAUCUACAGCUUGCGCAACAAGGAGAUCAAAGAGGCCAUGAGGCGGCAGCUAAAGAGAACAGGGGUCCUGGGUUGA